AUGCAUAAGUGUGUAGUGUGUAGCAAUUCAUAUAAAAACACCAAGGGUAAGCGUCCACGAGUUAUUUAUCAUGGAUUUCCCAAGGAUGAAUCCAUGAGAAAAAAAUGGCUUCAAGUUUUUAAAAUGGAUCGUUGUUAUGAUUGGCACCUUGUAUGUAGUGAUCAUUUUUUGGAAAGAAACUAUAAGCCAAAAAAAAAGCGAAUGUUAUUUGAAGAUACUAUUCCUCAACCUUAUGGUUAUUCUUCUAAGUAUGCUCUUCUAAGUAAUUAUGCUGAAACUGGAAAUAUAUCACCAAGGCAGUCAUCUACACUUACUACUGAGAAUAUGAGUAAUAAAAAUAUGCCGAGGCCAACUUUAAGAUCUGGAUUACGAUGUUCCAUUAAAAACUGCUCUAACAGGCUAUCAAAGGAUCUUAGCCUCUUUGGCUAUCCUAAGGAUUUCGAGCUGAGAAAAAAGUGGAUAGAAAAAUGUGGAUUAAAGAAUGAUACUUCUGAAAUAGUAAUAACUGGUAUAAGAGUUUGUAGUGCUCAUUUUACACUCAAUUGCUUCAGAAAUAUUCAUUUAAAGAAUAGAUUAAAAAAAGGUGCCGUUCCAUCAUUAUUUUUAGAUAGUGGCACUAGAGACAGCAUAAACAAAAAAUGGCCAAAGAUGAUCACCACCACAACUCAUGAGACCACUUCAACAAAAACCACGGACUAA